AAAGCAUUAGUAAACGCGAGAGUGCUUAAAAGCAACUAAAUGCCUUUUUUUCUUCCUCCUCAGUUGCUCCAUUAUUGGGAUGGCUUUCAGGAUUUUGAUAAAUUUCACAGCAGAAGAGUCAGCACAGACACACGGAGUAAUUUCUGCAAGGGUCAUAGGAAGAACUACUUCUGGAUUAGAUGUUUCAGUGUGAUAUUUCUGAAUUUUUAACAUUUAUGAAAGCCAUGGCAAUGACAGGCCCAACGCCGUGCUCGUCCAUGAGUAACCACACCAAGGAGCGAGUUACGAUGACAAAGGUGACAUUAGAAAACUUCUACAGCAAUCUCAUUGCGCAGCACGAAGAGCGAGAGAUGAGACAAAAGAAGCUAGAACAAAUGAUGGAAGAAGAAGGCUUGAAAGAUGAAGAGAAAAGAAUCAGGAGGUCAGCACAUGCACAAAAGGAAACAGAGUUUCUUCGCCUAAAGAGAACAAGACUCGGUUUGGAAGACUUUGAGUCUUUAAAAGUAAUAGGCAGAGGAGCAUUUGGAGAGGUGCGACUUGUCCAGAAGAAGGAUACGGGCCAUGUUUACGCAAUGAAAAUACUGCGUAAAGCUGAUAUGCUUGAAAAAGAGCAGGUUGGCCAUAUCCGUGCAGAGCGGGACAUUCUAGUGGAAGCAGACAGUUUGUGGGUUGUGAAAAUGUUCUAUAGUUUUCAGGACAAGCUAAACCUCUACCUUAUCAUGGAGUUCCUGCCUGGAGGUGAUAUGAUGACGCUGUUGAUGAAAAAAGACACUCUAACAGAGGAAGAGACACAGUUUUAUAUAGCUGAGACCGUGCUAGCCAUUGAUUCUAUUCAUCAGCUGGGUUUUAUCCAUCGGGACAUAAAACCAGACAACCUUCUUCUGGACAGCAAGGGCCACGUGAAACUCUCAGAUUUUGGUCUAUGUACUGGACUGAAGAAAGCUCACAGAACAGAAUUUUAUAGAAAUUUGAACCACAGUCUUCCUAGUGACUUCACUUUCCAGAACAUGAAUUCCAAAAGGAAAGCAGAGACUUGGAAGAGAAACAGGCGGCAGUUGGCUUUUUCUACUGUGGGAACUCCGGAUUACAUUGCCCCUGAAGUUUUCAUGCAGACUGGAUACAACAAGCUUUGUGACUGGUGGUCACUCGGGGUCAUCAUGUACGAGAUGUUGAUCGGUUAUCCACCGUUCUGUUCGGAGACUCCUCAAGAAACAUAUAAGAAAGUAAUGAAUUGGAAAGAGACUCUGACAUUUCCUCCAGAAGUUCCAAUAUCUGAUAAAGCAAAGGAUCUUAUUUUGAGAUUUUGCUGUGAAUGGGAGCACAGAAUUGGUGCAUCUGGUGUGGAGGAAAUAAAGAGUAACCCAUUCUUUGAAGGGGUUGAUUGGGAGCAUAUCAGAGAGAGACCUGCUGCAAUUUCAAUAGAAAUUAAAAGCAUCGAUGAUACCUCAAACUUUGAUGAAUUUCCAGAAUCUGAUAUCCUUAAACCAACAGUGGCAACAAGCAACCAUCCAGAGACUGACUACAAGAACAAAGACUGGGUUUUUAUCAAUUACACCUACAAGCGUUUUGAAGGUCUGACAGCCCGAGGAGCAAUACCAUCCUAUAUGAAAGCAGGAAAGUAAUAAAUCUUCACCUGGGACGACUUCUGAGACAUGGAAUUCUCUUCCUGUACUUUGGGUUUAUACUCAUAACAGAACUUUUUUUUUUUUUUUUUUUAAACAAAACUUGAGGGCUAUCAACUCUUGGAGAAGACUUCAGGACCCUGCUUUGUUACACACCCUGGUUGCUACUAAGGAUUUAUUCUUUAUGCGCCAUUGAAAAAUUCCACAAAAUGUUUGCGCCAUCUCUGCUGCAAGCAUGUUUUGCUGCUUCAGGAGCGAGAGUUUGGUUUCUUUUUAAAUUCUUUGCCAGAUUGUACAGUCCAUCAGGAGAUGAGAGCAAGCCUUCACUCUGACAUUGCAAAGCACGUGGUGUUCAUAGGGACUGUUUUGCCAGUCCGGCAUUAAGUGACAAACUCAGUCUGCCAAUUCUGCCAGCACUGUUUUCCCAGUGGCUAAGGACUUCAGUACAGAGGAAUCAAAGCAAUAAUUAAAGCUUGAGAUAGACAACAGUAAACUAUCGAGUAGAAGGACACAACUUGUAUUGCCUUAACCUUAGUUUGUAGUGCUGUUUUUUAUAAUGCUACUUGGAAGCCUCUUUAAUAGCAUUUCUCAACUGUGUCACAGUGGUCUCCAGUUGUGGUGCACUUUACUUUUGGUACUAAGACAGUGACCCUCAAGCCAUUUAGUAUUUUUUCUAAAUUAAAAAAUUGUGCAACACUUUUUUUUUUUCUUUUCUAGACAGUGAUAGGAGAAACGGCCACUUCCUCCACCAAGCGCCAACAGUUUCCAGUUACUGUAUGAAAGGAUGGAUCUGUAAACAAUGCAGAUAAUAAAAACUACAGCUGGUAACACAAGUAAAUCUGGAAUUAGGGCAGAGAGGGAGUGAAAUUCAUUCAACCUGAUCCUUGGUUGGGCACCUUGUGUACAGCUGGGUCAGCCCCGAGGCUUCCCGGUCCUGCUGCUGCCAUCUUUUGGUCACUUCUGAGAGCUGCUGCAUGUUCAUCGGUUUAAAAACAAAACCAUCUUCUGUGGCCUUGUUGCUUAUGGUUUUGAGCAGAAGAGUAUCAGAUUCUUGAGUCCUGAUGAUGGAGGCAUCCCUGGCUUUUCCUUACAGAGCUGCUCUUGCUGUCACGGCUGAACCAUCUGUCCCUGUUGUCUUCCGAAAAGACGGUGCCUCGUGGGGUCACUUUUGGGGCAGUGGAACCCCACCCUGUCCACUCUUGAUUAUUGCCUAGUGUAAUUCAUAAAAGUACAUUCAGUUAUGAUCAAGGAUGCUCUCCAGGAGAGCCCCAAAGUGCCUUUCCUUGCCUAAGCAUCUCUCGGAGCAUGACUGAAUUUUGGGAAGGAGGAUUCUCCCUCGGCUGAGCUUUUGCUAAUUCCUUUUUGUAACCAUUUUGCACCUGUUUUGUACUUAACUCUGCACUUCCAGGGGCAGGUGGUGGUAACCUUUCGGCCUGCCUGGUUCCAGUCUUUAAUUAGAUUAAAAAAAAAUACAAUGAGGUUUCUAAAAUCAAUGUAUCAAUUUUAACUGUCUUGGAUACUUGCAAACUUUUAUUGGUGCUGAACACUAACUACAUAGCACAGACAAAAAAAAAAAAGCUGUUUAGAAACAAAUCUUGAGCUGUGUUUCAAAGUAAAAGGAAGGCUUUCAGUUAUUAGGAAAUAAACCAGAAUGGUUUGUAGUGAAACUUUUUAUUUUUUUUAAUAGGUGCUUUUAGGGAAUUUUUAUUUAGAUGUCUUCUGAAUUGAGUGCCAUCAUGAAGGACUGGGGGGGGAUUGAAAGUACCCUGUAUAGCUAAAACUGGGUGAUAACUCCUUAGCAUCCUCUCCCUAACCACCCCUUGUGCUUUUUGUGUGUGUCCUAGACACUUAAUGAAUUGCCAUAAGCAGUUUAGACACCAGUUGGAUCCUACAAAGCUGAAAUGCAAAACUAGCCUUAACUAGAAGUACCAGGAUCACUGUAGUCAGUAGGGCUUACUCAGAAGAAUAAGGGCUAACUGAAGUAAUGAUUUAUAGGAUCAGGCUUGUCAUCAGCUAGUCAGCAAUAUCACCUUCUCCCUUUUUAUGAAGGACUGAUACCAACUUCUCAGAUUGCUCCAUCUCCUUAUCCUGCAGUUUCUUCUAGCCAUUUGAAAAUGUUGCCUUAUAAACCAGUGGAAAACUAAGAGGUAUUAAUAUCAAAACAUUUUUU